GAUCCAGCCCCUUCCUGUGCCGUUGCCGUUUCCAAGCCGGGCGGCAACUAUCUCCGCUUCAGCUGUGUAGCCGCUUCUCGAGCCUAUCCGGGAUUUGCAACCUGAUCCUUGAGGAGCCGGACGGACAUCCUCGAGGAUGCCGUAAGCGAGAACCUCGAAUCCGUCCUGGGACGCUCGUCCCGCGCAGCGGCACAGGAGCCACACGCCCGCCAGGCAUUUUGAAACUGGCCAGAAGAGAGGAACGAUUGCGUCGGCAAGCCCAGGAGAGGCUUCUCGCCUGUCGGCGCGUCGCCAAAUCCCCCUGUGGGACAGCGUAGGAUUUCCGCGUGCAAACUCAUGGAAACUGGUGGAACGAGGUGGAAAGCCGAAGCUCCGCGUGCGUCUCUGGCUUUGCCAUUCUUAGGGCUGCCCAUUCAUCACCUCUUUCUAGGCAGAGGUGCCAUCUAAAGUCCUCUGAUGUUGGAGAAUGGGGAUCAUCAGCUGGAAUAUCUACAACUCCUGAAGCAGAAGGCAGAGCUGGUGCCUAUGCUGGCCAGAGCCACCAGAUCUUUCAACGAUGGCUGGAGACAAAUCUCACUUGGUUGGCUUGUAAUGUACUUAAGAUCCAGUCGCUGUUCUGUGCAGAUUCCUAAUCUGCCAGUCUGUCCAGUUCAGUGAGAUGAUGGAGCAUGGGUGCCAGGGCCGCCAGCGGGCCUCCGAGAUUAUUCGCAAGCAGAAACGCAAAGAGCUGGACGCCCGACGCAGCAAAUGCCGUAUCCGCAUUGGGAGCCACCUGGAGCAGUGGUGUCAGCUCAAAGAGCAGUUGGGUUUUUCCCUGCAUUCCCAGCUGGCCAAGUAUCUGCUUGACAGGUACAGUUCCCAUGCCUCAGUACUGAAAACAGGAUCAGACCAUCCCACUACUGGCCCCACUCCUCUUCCUUCCGAGGCAUUGCAGCAUCUGGUUGUCCUUUCUCACAACCAUAGCCAGGAAUGUGGCUUCAUCCCUAAUGUGAAGCCUUCGUUGCUGGAGCAGGAGAGGGUCUCCAGCCAGCUGAUGUGGGAGUGUCUGGCUGGCCAUACCUUCACCUGGAGUCCCCCCGCCCCAAAGAUCUGCCCGCCACCCUUCUGCCAAGCAGCCCCGGGGGGCAGGCAGGCGCAGGAGGAGGAAGUAGUCAGUCCCGAGCCCAGCCCCCCACCCUCCCCGGUCAGCAGACGCCGGCGCUCCCUUCGCAGGGCAGCAGCGGCCCAUGCCAUUUCGUUAGCACUUGCUUCCAGCUCACCCUGUCCUGUGGUAGAGCCAUCUUCCCAAGAGGACAAGGAGGGCGGUGUGGACAGAGAGAGGACCACAUGCAUGUCUCCUGCCGGUUGCACAGGCCUGGACAAAGAGGCAGAAUUGCUGAGCGGCCCAAACUCGAACUCGAACUCGGAGGAGACAGCAGCUGCCCCAGAUGAGAUUCCAGGUAGCACUGAACCUCCAGGUCCCGAAAGGAUUUUAACUCCACCAGAGGAGACACCUGAAUCAGUGUCUGACCCACCAGAAGAGGAGGAAGGAGAAGAUUUCACAGAAGAAGAUAAUGUGGUAUAUAUGGAUGACCUGCGAGAUGAAAAUUAUCAGCCUUCCUUGGAUAGCUGCAAGAAGCAGGCACAGCCAAGAGAUGAAGAGAUGUCCCAAAUUGGUCCUAAGAGGAUCAGGAAGGCAGCCAAGCGAGAGAUUCUCCUCUGUGACUAUGAUGGCUGUGGGAAAAUUUUCUCCAAUCGCCAAUACUUGAAUCACCAUAAGAAAUACCAGCAUGUUCACCAAAAGACCUUUACCUGCUCUGAUCCCAGCUGUGGCAAGUCCUUCAACUUCAAGAAACAUCUCAAGGAGCAUGAGAAACUGCACAGCGAUAAAAGGGACUACAUAUGUGAGUUCUGUGCCCGCUCCUUCCGAACGAGCAGUAAUUUGAUUAUCCACAGGCGGAUCCACACUGGGGAAAAACCCCUACAGUGUGAGAUCUGUGGUUUCACCUGCCGCCAAAAAGCGUCCCUGAACUGGCACAUGAAAAAGCAUGAUGCCGACUCGUUCUACCAGUUCUCCUGUGACCUCUGUGGCAAGAAGUUUGAGAAGAAGGACAAUGUCACUGCGCACAAGAGUAAAAGCCAUCCUGAGGGGGCCACUGGGCCUCCCCCACCAGCACAGGAGCCCCCACCCCUGAGCUCCCCACUUGCCACAGAGCAGGUGGAAGACCCCGUUCAGAGUCAGCCAUGUGACAUGGGGAAGAGGGUGGAGCCCCCCGCCCUUGCCAUUACCGUCAUCAUCGAAUAAUGGACUCAGCAGAACGAGAAAAACAACAGCAGAGAGAAUUCCUGACACUUCCUGCAGUCCAG